AUGGCGUCUAUCCAGGCCCGCGACGUUACUACGGCUCCCGUCACUGCCCCGGCAGAUGCGAAGACGGGGGAGCAGGUGCCCGAGAAGGUGCCCGAGACGGUCCGCGAGCGGAGACCUCACUCCGCCGGCGAGAAGGACAUGUUCGUGGACAUCGACGGCGAGAAGACCCCCGUUGACGAGGACGAGUCCGAGAUCCUCGACAACAGGUUCCCCUUCCCGCCGUUGAAGGGCGUCCCCGAGGAGGAGCAGCAGCUCACCGUCCGUGCUCUGGUCGUUGGUGUCUGCUUGGGCGCUGUCGUCUCGGCAUCAAAUAUCUACCUCGGUCUCAAGACCGGCUGGACGUUUGGCGCCUCCUUGUUCGGUGGUAUCCUUGGUUUCGCUAUUCUCAAGUCGAUUUCCAGAGUCGCCCCCAGGAUCCUGGGCGGAGGCUACUUUGGUCCCAAGGAAAAUGUUACUGUUCAGACCGCUGCCACCGCCGCUGGUGGUCUAGGCAUUAUCUUCGUCGGCCCCAUCCCCGCAAUGUACCAGAUGGGUCUCAUGUCGAACAAGGCUGAGGAGGACUUUGGCAAGCUUGUCACAUUCUCCAUCUGCACGGCUUACUAUGGACUGUUCUUCGCCAUCGCCCUCCGAAAGUUCUACAUCCUGAAGCUCAAGCUCAUCUUCCCCUCCCCCACGGCCGUGGCAUACACCGUCCGAGCACUCCACGCUGGUGGUGCCGCUAGCGAGGCCAGCGGUCGCAGGAAGGCCAGGUGUCUUGCACUUGCGUUUGGUGGCGCUGCCCUUCUGCGUGUUGUCUCCAUCUACGCCCCCGGCAUCCUGUGGGACCACCACGUCUUCUGGUGGCUGUACACUUGGGGAUGGAGCGGCAUCAUCGCCGCUGAGUCCUGGGGCUGGAUCUUCGAGUACACACCGGCCUUCAUUGGUGCGGGUAUCCUCUCUGGUCUGAACGCGUCCCUCUCGUUCUUCGGAGGCAGCGUGCUCGCCUGGGCACUCAUCGGGCCCCUGACCGUCAAGUACGGCGCGACCUUCGGAGUCGAGGAGGGCCUGGACGAGGAGACCGGCAUCAACCGCUUCCCGGGCUGGUACAGCUACAACUCACUGUCCGACACGGAGACCCGGCCUUCCCCCCGAUACUGGAACCUGUGGGUUGGCAUCAUGGUGAUGCUCUGCGCCUCCUUCGCCGAGGUUGCCAUGAACGGCCCCAUUCUCUACCGCGGGCUGAAGAGGGCAAUCUUCGAGACGGCGGGGAAGAUCCCCCAGACGCGAUCCUUCGCAGCCAAGCACCUCACAAGUGAGGAGCGAGAGAUCGAGGACCCGUCGCCACAGUCCGAGCAGGUGCCGACCUGGACCUGGUCCAUUGGUGUCCUCGCCUCCAUCGCCCUCUCCAUGAUCGUGCUGGCUCUUCAGUACCACGUCAGCCCCGGCCUGACCAUCCUCGCCGUCAUCCUCGCCUUCGUCUUCAGCUUCAUUGCAGCACAGUCUUCGGGUGCCACCGACAUCAAUCCCGUCUCCACAUGCGCCAAGAGCUCACAGCUGGUCUUCGGAGGUGUCACGCAGGGACAGGGCGAGCACGGUGUGGCAGCCCAGCGCAUCAACAUGACCGGAGGCAUCGUCGCUGCAGGAGCCGCCGCACAGUCCGUGGACAUGUUGGGAGACUUGCGAACCGGCUACCUUCUCAGUGCCUCGCCCCGCGUGCAAUUCAUUGCACAAGCCGUGGGCUCGGUGUUCAGCAUCGUCCUCUGCUGUGGCUUCUUCGUCCUCUUCUCUGAGGCCUACCCAUGCAUCAUCGACGAGGCGCUCGCCGACUCGUGCCAGUUCGGUAUCCCCUCCGUCGCCGCCUGGAAGGCCACCGCCGUGGCCGUGACCGCCAAGAACUUCCCCGUCCCCACGUCCUCGGGCAUCACCGCCGUCGCGCUGGGCGUCUUCUCCGUCGCCCUCGUCGCCGCCAAGUACCUGUGGAUCCCCAAGAAGUACCACUGCUACGUGCCCAACAUGAACGCCGUCGGCCUCGCCUUCACCCUGCCCCAGACCCAGUACAGCACCGCCAUGUCCGUCGGCGCCAUCGCCAGCUACAUCUGGAUGAAGAAGAGCCCGCGCACCUGGGACGAGUACGCUUACAGCCUGGCCGCUGGUCUCAGCGCCGGGGAGGGUAUCGGCGGUGUGAUCAACGCCAUCCUCCAGGUCGCCGGCGUUGCUGGUGAUGUCAAGGGCAGCGCUGUUGCGUGCCCUGGCUUCGAGUACUGCGGUUAG